AUGGAAGCGGCACACUACCAACUGUGGGAGCGCUGCCGUGCGUUUGUGGGUGAAGUCUGCGCUGACCGCGACGCCUCUCACGGACUGUCGCACAUGGAGAAAGUCACGGAGAAUGCCGUCCUCCUCCUCCACAUGCAGCAUGGCCCUUUGACUGACCUGCCCCUGGCCAUGUCACGGGUAAUCGUGGUCGCCAUGCUCCACGACGUGGCCGACCACAAGUACGAUGCGGCGGGAACACUAGUGCAGCGCGUGUGGGACUUCGUGGCAGCAGAGGCGGUGGCGGUGGCGGCAGCUGCAGAGAACGUGUGUGAUGCGAGUCGCCACGCCGUGACCGCAAUGGAGGCUGUCUCCUACUCAAAGGAGAAGAGUCGCGGGAGGCGCUGGUUUGAAACGGAGCUUCCCACCGACUGGGUCCUCGUGCGCGACAUCGUGAGUGACGCUGACAAGCUUGAGGCCAUUGGCGAUGAGGGCAUGCGUCGCUGCCUCUUGUACACUUCCCAGAGGUUGCUGGCGAAGAAUGGUCAGGUUUGGGACGCGGUGCUGCAGCAGCGUUGCCUGGAGGAAGUGAGGGAACAUUUUGAAGAAAAGUUGAGUCUGCUUGCGACAGAGUUUAUUGUGUCAACUGCUGGAAAGUUUUUGGCCGGUCCGAGACACGAGGAAAUGGUGCAGAUACUGCACCAGUGGGAGCAACACGGGCUGCCGGCUCUAUCGUGA